GCCGCGACGGAGGUUUUAGAGUGUCGCACCCGGCCGUACUUCCGCCGUUCAGCUGCUCCUGGGAGGAGAGGUUAGAGUGGGCGCUGCUGGAUGUUCCUUGCGGGACAGUCAUCACAGAAUGGCCGGCAUUUUGCGCUCAGUCAUGCAGAGGCACCCAAGCAAACUACAGACUGUGACAAAAGGUGUGGAGUCUCUCGUUUGUACAGAGUGGAUUCGUCACAAAUUUACCAAAUCAAGGAUUCCAGAUAAAGUAUUUCAGCCUUCACCUGAAGAUCAUGACAAAUACGGUGGGGAUCCUCUGCACCCUCACAAGCUGCAUAUUGUCACCAGAAUAAAAAGUACAAAAAGACGGCCAUAUUGGGAAAAGGAUACAAUAAAGAUGCUUGGAUUGCAAAAAGCACAUACCCCUCAGGUUCACAAGAAUAUCCCUUCAGUGAAUGCGAAACUGAAAAUCGUUAAACAUUUGAUCAGAAUCAAGCCCCUGAAGCUGCCACAGGGCCUUCCGACAGAGGAAAACAUAUCCAGCACGUGCCUCAAGAGCACUGGGGAGUUGGUGUUGCAGUGGGACCCACAACAUGUGGGGCAGAAUGCUUAGAAAGUCCUAACAUCAGAGCAGCUACAGGUGUUCACUUCAUGAUGCUCAGACAGCAAUAGCAUUGACGGGCAGAGAACCACAUGUGGAAGAUCUCUUUUCCUUUCUCCUUCUCCCUCUCUAUAACUGAUUUUCAGACAAAUAAAUCUUAAAAAGGAAAGAAGGAAGGAGAGAGAUAUUUUAGAGCAUUACAUUUUAAGACAAAAAUAUUACUGAAAUGAAAUCAUAUCUCAUCAUUUAAGCUAAAAGACAGUUACAGUUUUAAUCAACAUUGAAUUUCUAGUACAUAUGUGUCUUAGAAGGUAUAGAUGAAUAGAGACCCAUAGGCUACAAUAUAAGGUAACUUUGUGUUGUUGGGGUCAAAGAGAUCUUAAAGAGAAUGUCAUAUCUGUCAUUGUGCUGGUAUUGACAUGUAACUCUGGGAAAAUACACUGGUUAAUCUUUUGCCCAAAAAGCAAAGAAGUUCAGAUAGAUAGGUAAUAUUAGUCUUGACAGCCUACACUAGAGGGGCUCUCAAUGUUAAGUAAAUAUUUGUAAAUGAAAUUGUCUUCAAAAGGAAGAAAAAAAACUGAUAUAUUUCUUCCUACUUUAUUUGAAAGGCAAAGAGAGCUUUUUCAUCCAUGAUUUCACUCUCCAAAGGCCUACAGUAAUCAUUAGGAUUAGACAGAAGCUAGAAGCCUUCAGCUGUUGGUGUCCCAUGAGGUUAGUAGGGACCUAAGUAUCUGAACCUUCAUUUACUGGCUCCCAGGAUGCACAUCAUGGGAAGUUCCUGCUAAAUUGGGAGAGUCAGGACUCGAACCAGGCAUUCUGAUAUGGAAUGGGAACACCCCAAGAAGCAACUCAACCACCAUGCCAAACUCCCUCCCUAGGAGAAGUCUUUAAGAAGAGUGUGGGAAUAGACCGGUGUGUUAGUCUGAUGUGGCCCUGUAACAAGUUACCUCAAACUUAGCUUGAAACCACACACCGUUUCAAAGUUCCUGUGGGUCCAAAGUGUGGGCAUGGCUUAGCUGCGUAGUUUUCUUCCAAUCUCAGAUCAAAAAAGGUAUCUCUCCAGGCUGGAUUCUUAGUAGAGCAUGGACUAGGACAUCUACUUCCAAGCUUUCAGGCUGGCAGAAUUGAUUUUCUUGUAGCUAUAACAUUCGUGACAAGUUGCUUCUUCAAAAACAGCAUUAGACAGAGACUCCAGCAAGAUGGACACUUUACAGACAAUGUGGUUGUGUGUAUUCCAUCACCUUUAUUACCUCCCAUUCGUUAGAAGCAGGUCUCAAGUCCUGCCUAGGCUCAAGGAAGAAGGGAAUUACAUAAAGGUGUGGCUGCAAGGAGGCAGGGUUGCUGGUGACCUUGUUAGAGCCUGCAUCCCAAACUGGCAAGCCCCUCUUGGAAUUAAGCACUUGUAGUUUGUAAUGCUCCCUUUUAAUCCCUUCUGCAAUAUCUCCUUUGAAGCAAUUGUCUGUUUGUUUGGCCUAAUGAUCUAAUAGAAUAUUUCCUUUUACUUUUGAAUCAGUGCUCUUUGAGUCUCAGGACUGAUGGGAAAUGAAUGUUAAAUUUGAACCAUUUCUUUGCCAAAGUUUAUGUCAAACUUUCCAAAAGAUGUCAUCUGAGCACCCUACCAACCUGACCCAAUCACACAGCAUUGCCUAGUAACCAUGCUUUUUAUAGAAUUUAGCUCGGGCAAUGACAUCAUUGACGAAGUCAGCUUCUAUGUCUGCAGGUGAGAUGACACCGUCAAUUCCUGACUUAAAGGCCAAGAGACCACCUGAAACAAAACACAGAGGCUUGGACUCAUGUAUUAGCAUCCACCAAGAGUGACAUAUGAGCAAGGCCAGGAUGUUGGCACUCAGGCACAUCUUACAAAGCAGGCAGUCCCAAACCCUCCUUCCCCUCGUCCCUCCUGAAAGGCUGUGCCAUCCCAAGCCUCCCUAGGAAAACUCCAGUUUGUCUUUCUCUCUCGCUCUCUCUGUGUCUCAGUUUUUGUUUUUUCUGGCUGUGAGCAUCAUGCUUGAUUUUUACGUAGUCUAGGUCUGGAAGAACUGAAUCUCCAGCAAAUCAUCAGUUUGAGAAGGCUUAUAACAUUCGUUCAUUGAGUCACUCACUCACUCAUCAUUCAGUAUGUUUCUGAGUACCUACUCUGUGCCAGAAGAGGUGCCACACUGAGUGCAGGGUACCCAAGACAGACUUGUUUCUUCAUAGGUGCGUGUGUGUAUGUGCGUGCAUGUACCAUUUUAACCUACAAGUUUAUCCUCAGCAAUUAUUUGUGUAUUUAGUGUAAUUGCACUCUGCUUUGAUCUGAGUUGAUCCCUGCCAUUAAGAACCUUAAACAUAGAAACUGUUAUGAAGUAAGACUAACUGUUAAUGGUUGAAGAAGAGAAGCUAUAAAUAUAUUGGGGAAUCUAUAGGAAUCAAUGUGAUUGAAUGUCAAAAGAGAAUUAAUUAGAGAACUAAUGAAAGCAAUCUGGCUGGGAUUACUGAUUAUAGAACAGUAGAUCCAAAGACAUGGACUAUA